UGCCGCGUUUUAUACACACCCCAGACCCUAUGUAUCUUUGGUUAUUUAAGGUGUGUCGUAAAAACAAAUAUGGAUGCGCACAGUGGAAUGUCAUGAGUCUUUAUUAAAUUAUAUUUAUUCGUUUAAAGGUUACCCGCGUUUUAUCAUGAACAAAACAUUAGGACUUUACCAGAUUUUUAAACUCUGUGCCCGGCAGCCACUUUGUAAUAGCAGUUCACCUAUACGGAAUAUACAUAUCUUGUCCAAUGUCAGAAGGAAUUACAUCAAGUCAGUGACUCACAGUCAUGGUUUAAGAUCAGCUGCUGAACACUACUCUGAGAAUGAGAAUCUUGAUGGACCUCAGACUGAAAAUGAAGUUAUUCCUGUAGAGGGUAUUCCUUUAGAUAUUUUGAAGCUCAAGACAGAAGUUCCAGCUGUGGAUGUGAAAUUUAGGACAAAACACAAUGAUCCAACAAAACACACUAUAGAAGAUGAAGGACUUUUUUACACAGUUCCUAAAGAGGACUACAAUAUGUACAUUAAAGAUGGGCAGUGGCCUGCUUUUCAUAAACAGGUUCAAGCCUUCCAGGAGUGUGCCCUCAUGGUUCGCAGACCGGCUUUGGAGAUUUUUGAGAUUGUGGAGCAUCUUAAUUUGAAACUGCCCCCGGCCAGACUCCUCAUAUAUGGUCAGCAGGGUCAUGGCAAGACGGUCACACUGGCCCAUGUGGUGCACCGGUAUGCCAAGGCAGGCUGGAUCACAGUGCACUUUCCUAACAUGUUUGAAAUGAUACGUUACCAUACAAAAACGCCAAAGACUUGUGUGAAGUCCUUUCACAAUGAGGCUGUGUAUGACCUCGCUGAAGAGGCUGGUGCAUGGCUCAAGUUCUUCAAGACACAGAACAAACAUAACCUUGAAAAGUUCACGACGUCCCAAGAAUACAAGUGGUCGGAGAAAGAAUCCUCACCAGCCGGCACACCACUUUUAGACAUUGUAACCUUGGGAAUGGACAGAGUUAAGUUUGCCUCUGAUAUCAUUGGUGUAAUUCUUAAAGAACUCCGGUCACAAGCUGCAGAAAAGAAUAUAAAGAUUUUGGUUGCAAUUGAGGGUGUGAAUGUCCUUUAUAAAGACAUCCAAGCACUUAAAGAUGAAAAUAAAAGAGUUAUUAAUGGACAGGAGAUCUCUGUAUUCCGUAACAUCCAGAAAAUGUUCGAGCCAACAUGGCAUGGUGGUGUAUGUGUUGGCACUGUAUGUCCCAGUGUUGAUGCCUUAGACACUCAACUGGACCCACUGGAAGUACCAUACACCCCACAGUAUCUCCUUAAACAGAAGGGUUUUGAGUUCAUGGACCCCUUCAUCCCCAUAUUAGUGCCAGAGUUUACAAUGAAGGAGGCUUACAAUGCAGUUGAUUACCUCAUAGACAGAAAGUGGAUACAGCGAUCUAGAGGUAAAACACAUGAUGGUAAAAAAGAGCUAAUUCUGCUGAGUAACCGUCACCCACAGGAGAUGAUGAAGCUAAGUGCCCUCUGGUAACCAUGGUCACACAGCCACAAGCAGCAACGUUCAUAGCUCAGAUUGGAGAACAUUUCACUUCUGAGAAACUUAAAGGAGACACACUAGCAAUGUUUAGAAUAAAAGGGAUCUUUUUUGUUUGAACUGUCUUAAACAUUAUGUACAAUUGAUUGAAAAAGAUAUUUAUAGCAAGAAAAUAUGCACAUGUACUGACAAAGUACACUUUGCGACAGAAUGAUAAAGAUUAAUAUCCGCUACAUAGUGUUAGUUCAUUCUUCCAGAUAUUGAUGAAAUUUGAAUGUGAAAAUUGGCGAGUUCUGCACUUUUUCCAGCUCUAUUGCAGUCUGCUUUGGGUUCUGUUGGAGUAAUAAAAGAAAUAAAACACAA